AUGCUUAAAAACCCAGCUCGUAACGGCGAGGAACUUAUCGUCACCGGAUACAGGAUGUUCGAUGUUGUCAAAUCGGAGGGAAACAGCGGGAUGGCGCAUGCUGCUGAGCACGCUAUAUGCCUCGGCCUGCAUCGGCGGAAGAAUAUCGGAACGCGCACGACGCCGCGAGGGACGAUCGACCUCCGAAUUGCAGAAGAGUAUGCGUCCGCGCUCGAUGCACAAACAUACAAGACUGUGAUCCGGAUCAGUACCAAAAAGAUCGCGUGUGCCCCGACGGUGUUCGACCCGUUC